AUGAAGUACUCUAUGUUCGCCCUGUUGGUACUUACAAUUUCCUUGACUCAUGCAAAACUAACUGGUAGGUACAUAAUUGAAAUUUCCCGAGGGACACUUUCAUCUGAGAGGGGAGUAGGUGCCCCUAUAAAUGUGGGCGUGGACCAAGCUUUUCUUACCACUCUAAGAUACCAUUCUUAUACAGACGGUUAAACAGGAGCUAUGAUGAAAUUUGAUACGAUAAAAACUGUUCACAUUUACUUCUUCAAGCACAAUCUUAUGCGAUACCUAUCGACGUAAUAUUUUGUCUUUCCAUCCUUAACACCCCGAGAGAUAUACCAACUUUACAAACCGAAACGAGAAUCGAGCCUGCCCGCUCCCCCCGGGGGAGUUACCCAACAAAGUUUUCUUCACCGAGGUUCCACCCCAAGGUCCAACCCCUUACCCUUUUAUAUACCAUUUUUGACAAAACCAGUACCCCUUUUUCAUACUUUCCAUUAAAAAAUGGUACCCAUUUUACUCAAAACAAAACUGAAUGCAAGGCUGGCACUACGGCAAAAGUCUGAUUUAUUAUAGGCCAAUAUUUCGGCCAACAAAAUUAGCCUUCCUCAGGGCCAGAACUAUACAGAGAGAAAAUAUUUUCUAACGGCUCCUAAAAUUUGAAUUUAUAAUUUUCAUAACUGGUUAAUAAUUAACUGCAAUUAUUAAUUCUAGAUAGAAUACUACAGGUAAAUGAUUAUACAACAAAAAUAGAAAUAGAAACAGUUCAAUGUUCAUUCCUUCCGUUUAGACAGUCUGGUGACAGGGUCUUACCUCCAUCUAUGAGGUAGGCUUCUCUUGCCUUACGGCGUGACAUGCUGAGGGUGGGUUGUAAUUCCAGCGGAAUAAGUUCCAUGCAUGUAUGUCUGCGAUUCAGUGGCCAGGUUGACUAAAGUGGGAAGGGACUGCUGCUGUGGCAUUUGCGUCGAGUGGAUUGUUUGUUGCCUGUCUGAGUUCUUUAAAGCGUUCACCAAGUGUGCGUUUAGUUUCACCUAUAUAUUGUUUUUUUUCUACAUCUUUUACAUUGGAUCAUAUAUGUUAGGUUUGUUGAGUCACAAGUAAUGUUAUGUUCAAUUUGUCUUGUUUCUCCUGUGUUGGUGAAGUAUGAUGUUUUUCCAUGGUUAAUGUAUGGGCAGGUGAGGCGGCCAUGUCUGGAGUUGCAACAGAAUGUGCUGGCAGGGGGCUUGGUUAUGCUGUCGUUGUUUGCGAGUUUCGUACGAACGAGUAGGUCACGAAUGUUUGGUGAACGGUGGAAAGCGACGACAGGUACUUCUUUAAAUAUGUUUCUUAAGCGUUCGGUGUAUUGCAGAAUGGGUUUUUUCUUGCGGAGUACGUAAUGGAUGUUAGGUAGAGCUGGGUUAUAGGUAACUGUAGAAGGGUUGCGAGGUGGCUGUUUUGCUCUGUUGAUUUGUUCAUUUAUGAAGCGUCUUUACCUCGUUUUAUAAGGUAAUUUUCUAGUUUAGAUGAUCUGGUUUCAAAGAAAUUAUCCGUGGAACAAAUGCGGCUAAGCGAAGAGCUAGGCAGUAAGGAAUAGACUUUUUAAUGUGAUAUGGGUGGCUUGAAGAGUGCAUUAAGUAUUGGUGUUUAUCCGUAGGUUUGCAGUAAAGAUAAGUUUCUAUUUUACCGUUGUGGAGUUGAAUGUUUACAUCUAAGAAAGGGAUAGACGUUGUUGAGCGAUCACUAGUGAAUUUAAUAUUAGGGUGUAUGUUGUUGAGGUACUUACUUUUCAAAUCCUCCAUGAAUAGAUUAGCAAGUAAAGCAAACGCUGGAGCCAUUUGUGUGCCCAUAGCUGUACAAUGCCGUUGUAUAAAAUGUUCAUUAUUGAAGACAAAAUUGUUCAUGGUUAAGAUCAUGCAGAUGAGAUCACAUAUGGAUUCUGUAGGAACAGAUCGGUCAGUCCGUUGGCUAAGAGCUUCGGAAGAGCUAUUCGGCAGGCGUCGAUUCCUGCGUUAGUUUGAACGUUUGUUUAUAGAGAAGAAACAUCAAGGGUGGUAAGUAAAGCACUGGUGGGGAGGACGUCGAUUUCCUUAAGUAUGUUGAGAAGAUGGGUCGUAUUUUUUACGGAAGGUAACAGCUGUACCAAGGGAUUAGGAUGGUAACUAACAAACUCUGACUGAUUCAAACAGUUUUUCCCAUUUUACUUACAUAGCCAGUUUAAAACUUUGCAUCUCUUUAACUGAAUAAAUAUGAAAAAAUCACAAAACCAGAAAAUUUUGUCGACUUUUUCACAUCCGUACAAUCCUUCUGUAGCCCUUGUAGGUCAUAGUAAAGCCGGAAUGAAAUGACAGAUUUCCUUUCCCUUUCGUAUGCCUCAGACCUAACAAAGGUACCCCUCUCGGGCAGAGACUUCCCGUAAAGGCCAUUAUAGGGAGCACCCUUUCGACCGACCCCUCCCCCCCCAAGAAAUUAUAUAUGAGCUUUGAAUGAAUUACUAUGGGCAUAUGGGCACUUGGUAAGGCUACUAGCAAAACAACUUUGUUUUGUUUUUUUUUUAAUAUUUUAUUUUGUAUUAGUAACAGUUUGCGAUAGCAUUAGUUAAUAUGGUACUACAUUCUUCUAACUUCAGAGUACGAUAUUAAAACCGGUACUUCAGAUAUUGUUGGAGCUGACAGUAACGCCAAUAUUUGGAUCAAAAUAUAUGGGCUGAAGGGCAUCACCCCGAAAUUACUCUUGGAUAACCCUGGGAAAGAUGACUUUCAACAAGGAGCGUAAGUCUCGCACGUUAUUGUAGUCUACAACUCGCGAUGAUUAUAUGUUCACGAGAAGGAAACUCGAAUGAGUAAACUUUCGGAAAGACUUCAAGGGCUGUUAACGGGCUCAAGGAUAGCGGACCGGCGCGUGUAUAGUUGAACAAUCGCAGAUAGAAUUGCGAAAAACAUUUCGAGUCGGGUCCCCUUCAAGAAGAUUUGAUGGAAACUUAUUCGGAAAUGUCUGCGGCCUCUACCCCCCUAACCUGUGGGGGGUGCGGGAAUAGAGACGGGGGCGGAGGGGACAGCGGACGGUCGACAUUUCAGACACGACAAGAAGCUCUGGAGCGUACACUUCGGCGUCGUGGUUGUGUACAGGCACGUAACACUCGACAAAGGCAAAACGUCUUUGGCAGUUUUUUUUAACCUUAAGCAGUUCGAAAGGAGCGCUCACUCGGGAAAUGUUUUUUAACACUCGAAGAGAAAUUUCGUGUCUCUGCGCGGCCAUGUGAUAUCCUCUAUUUAUUCUUCGAGUAAAUUAAAGACUAAACUAGAAGUGAUCUCAAGAUAUCACGAAGUAGUCCGGUCUCAUUUCGUGAAAUAGCCGAAACAAGCCGAAAAGUCACGAACUUGCGCGCCAAAUCUUUUCCCGAAACUAGUGCAUAAUUUCAUAGCUAUUUAGAUGACAAGAUGCUAUGGAGCGUACACUUCGGCGUCGUGGUUGUGCAGAGGUACGUAACACUCAACAAAGACAAAACGUCUUUGUACAGCAUUUUAUAACUUUAAAUUCAUCAUAAAGCAUUUCGAAAGGAGCGCUCACUCGUGAAAUGUUUUUCAACACUCGAAGAGAGAGAAAUUUCGUGUCUCUGCGUUGCCAUGUAAUAUCCUCUAUUUAUUCCUCGAGUAAAUUAAAGACUAAACUAGAAGCGAUCUCAAGAUAUCACGAAGUAGUCAAGUCUCAUUUUGUGAAAUAGCCGAAACAAGCCGAAAAGUAACGAACUUGCGCGCCCAAUUUUGUCUCGAAACUAGUGCAUAAUUUCAUGGCUAUUUUACAUAUGCCGAGCUACUUUGGGUCGUAGUAACGCAAUCGGUUAAUCCUUCAAGUUAGAGUCUCCUCUGAUCUGACGGGUCACACAGGCGAGUGGGUCAGUUAUCUCGAGAAAUCUCGAACUAAUUCGGCUCUCACUUUGUCAAAUAGGCGAAUAAAACCGAAAACCUACGGACGUUGCGUGCCCGAUCUUGUCCCAAAAAUGUCAACUUUGAUACACUCCUGGGCGUCGCGAAUCCUUUACUUCGCGCUCCGCCGAAGUAAAAACCAGGCUAAUAAUAACGAUAUCUUGGUAUAAAUCGGUAAAUUUGUAAAUUUCAAUUCUUUUCAAAUUUCCCUGUAGUGUAGACGACUUUAAAGUCUAUGCCAAAGAUGUUGGAGCAAUGACCGGAUUUGAAGUUAUGCGAGAUGACAUAGUAUCCAAUGGCGUGUCUGCUACAUGGGGCUUUGAUUCCGUAAGUGAUUACAGUCAAACCAUGGUCUGCCUUGGGGAAUAGCCAACUGAUAAAGAUUAACAUGUUUAAUGCAGGUUACAAAUUAAGCCGAGUGGCUCUGGGGACGAGAAAACGCGUAUCUCAGAUAACAACAAAACAACUGCGCAUGCUUACGAUCGUACAUGCUAAAAAUGAUUCUGGAUAUUUUUCCUCUAUAUAUAAAACGAUACUAUGUUUUCUCGCUGACGCUCACCUGCAAUGAAGAACAGUUGAAAAAUUUAGCUUCUAAAGUUGGAUAGUUACAUAUAUUCACUUAUAUUCUGCUUUGUUUCAGAUUGGUGUGAAGCCUUGCUUUGACGAAUAUUUGACGUUUUAUUAUAACUUUUUUUACCGGCUUAUACGUGGAUCGAGUUCCCCAGUAAGUAAUUAAAUCUCAACAAUAAUUGUUCAUCCAAAAGUUCGAAAAAAGCUACCAGUAUCCAACUCAAAAUUAUUGUUCAAUAAUAAAUUUCUAUGAUUUGUCAAAAGUCAAACUGAGCAGACCUCUUCCAGAUGCCAAAAAUAGAGAGAAAAAUUCAAGAUUAUUUUUUUCCAAAAAGUUAUAGUCUCCUACAAAGCCGUUUUUGACGAGACAAAACAGCUGCAAAGUAGGCUAAAAACGUUAUCAUGACGAUAGAAUAUGUUUUUUUCGCCUGCAGUAUGUCGCACUUAAAAAGAUUUUUUCCAUAUGAAGUAUUUUAAUUGGUGGCCAAGAAAAACUUAAAUUCCUAUUAAAGUGGACUGUUUGCAGUCUUCCAUUUCUCUGUAAGAUCGUUAAGAAAGACGCUUAAUGCAACUGGCAGGCAUCUUUGUUCCAAAUGAGAGUGUAACUUUGGGAAGAGCUUCAAAUCUACCUAAGGGUGCGGCCGGGAGAAGCGGUUUGCGAGCUGGCAAGAAAAAUAUUUUUUGGUACGCAGCUCCUUAAGCGGUGAAGAAUUCAAUGAAAGAAGACGAAGAGAAUGGAAAAAACUCAAUGGCAACUCCUCUAUCGGAAUUAAAAUUAUUGUAGUUCUUUUUGCCUACCUGUCUUGGCAAGAUAUCUUUUAAUAAGUGGUCAAAUAACGCUUAAGCUUCGCCCAGUUUGUGGGUUUUAAAUUUCUUAUUUUCGCAUGUUUUAGCCGGGUGUUACCCAAGCGAAUACUGUCGAGGUGAACUUAUCACAGAAUAAUUUCUUCUCAGGAGCAACAUGCUUGGGAACAAAUGAGGGUUGCUAUAAAGAAGCGGCUGCCUGCCCAGCGGGUA